AUGGAGCAGCACUGCAUUUACUUCGGAUUCGCCUUCAACGCAUCGGCACAGAACGAAGCGAAUGCAAGGCGAUUAUCGCGAUACUCUGAGCAAAAGCAGUGUCUAGCCGUAUGUACAAGUUUGCAUCAUAGUGAUAUGAAUUACUAUCAACAAGCACAACAACAACAACAACAGCAACAACCUAUCUACAAAACUCAAUUGGUAGCACAAGAAAAGCAUCUACUGGCAAGGCAUUCGAACGAAGAUGUAGAAUAUAUGCAACGAUAUGCAGUCGAGCCAACAGGCAGAUAUUCACCCACUCAGCGUGUAUCGUUUGUUGGUAAUUUAUCUGCAGUAGACAAGAUGAGGUUGCGCCAUAUAAACUGCUCUAACAAUGCAGCCCAAUUGUCGCCGUCUUCUUGCCGAGAGCACGAUAGCGUCUACGAAGAGAUUGAUGGUACACCCGACGAAACCGGUGUAUCCACUCAACGAUGUUGUCGUUCCGCAGAAGAGGGUUCCGAUUCCGGAAUUGCUAGUCCGGAGCCGAAUGUAGAUGUAGAUGGUUGUUGCUUGAGGUAUUCGCAGGUGACGGAUCGGAAGGUGAACGACUUUCAGACGAAUCUCUGA